AUGACGCCUUACAAGAUGUUUGAAUUUAUGACGCCUUACAAGAUGUUUGAAUUUAUGACGCCUUACAAGAUGUUUGAAUUUAUGACGCCUUACAAGAUGUUUGAAUUUAUGACGCCUUACAAGAUGUUUGAAUUUAUGACGCCUUACAAGAUGUUUGAAUUUAUGACGCCUUACAAGAUGUUUGAAUUUAUGACGCCUUACAAGAUGUUUGAAUUUAUGACGCCUUACAAGAUGUUUGAAUUUAUGACGCCUUACAAGAUGUUUGAAUUUAUGACGCCUUACAAGAUGUUUGAAUUUAUGACGCCUUACAAGAUGUUUGAAUUUAUGACGCCUUACAAGAUGUUUGAAUUUAUGACGCCUUACAAGAUGUUUGAAUUUAUGACGCCUUACAAGAUGUUUGAAUUUAUGACGCCUUACAAGAUGUUUGAAUUUAUGACGCCUUACAAGAUGUUUGAAUUUAUGACGCCUUACAAGAUGUUUGAAUUUAUGACGCCUUACAAGAUGUUUGAAUUUAUGACGCCUUACAAGAUGUUUGAAUUUAUGACGCCUUACAAGAUGUUUGAAUUUAUGACGCCUUACAAGAUGUUUGAAUUUAUGACGCCUUACAAGAUGUUUGAAUUUAUGACGCCUUACAAGAUGUUUGAAUUUAUGACGCCUUACAAGAUGUUUGAAUUUAUGACGCCUUACGACACUAUACGUGUUUGCUCACAAGAUGUUUGA